UUGCAGGAUGAAGAAACACGUAAAGAUUAUGAUUAUAUGCUGGAUCAUCCUGAGGAAUAUUACAGGCACUAUUAUCACUACUACAGCAGAAGGCUGGCACCAAAAGUGGAUGUCAGAAUAGUGAUCCUGGUUACAGUGUGUGCCAUCUCCGUGUUUCAGUUCUUCAGCUGGUGGAGUAGUUAUAAUGAAGCUAUCAACUACCUAGCGACAGUGCCAAAAUAUCGCAUACAAGCUACUGAGAUUGCCAGGCAACAAGGUUUACUCAACAGGACUAAAGAGAAAGGCAAAAACAGGCGAUCUAAGGAAGAAAUCCGUGAAGAAGAGGAAGAAAUCAUCAAAGACAUUAUCAAAAAUAAAAUAGAUAUAAAAGGCGGUUACCAGAAGCCCAAGAUAUAUGAUAUCCUUCUGUUUCAAAUCCUUCUUGCUCCUUUUUAUUUGUGCAAAUACCUAGUUUGGUACUGUUGGUGGAUUUAUUGUUUCACUAUUAAAGGGCAGGAAUAUGGUAAGGAAGAGAAGCUCUAUAUCAUACGGAGAUACAUGAAAAUGUCACAGUCUCAGUUUGACAGCCUAGAAGAUCAUCAAAAAGAGACCUUCCUUGAGCGGCAGCUGUGGAUACGAGAGAACUAUGAGGUGUACAAACAAGAACAAGAGGAGGAGUUAAAAAAGAAGAUGGCCAUGGAUCCACGAUGGAAAAGAUACCGGAGAUGGAUGAGAAAUGAAGGACCUGGAAGACUAACUUUUAUUGAUGACUGAAACCUGACAAGAAUGUACACUAAUGUGGAAACUGAUUUGCAAAGCUUUUUCACUACAUUAUUCAGAGUUUUAUCUGCUAAGGCAUGGCAGUGAUCUAAAACUCAGGAAUUAUUAAAUCAGGCCGAAAAAUAAUACAGGUUUACCAUUUUUAUAAAUCAGAUCUGUUGAACAGGCUUAGCUCAAUGUAUAUAUUCCACUUGGGGAUAUCAGAGUGGAUCUGUGAUGUGGAAUUUGUUUUUUCAGAUAUAUUUUCCCCUACAUAUUUCAUAUUCAUGAUCAAUGGAA